ACCUCGUACCGAACGUGUUGCGUCAGUUUUACUCAGUCUCUUACUCAUUGUCGUAAAUUGUUCGGAAUAUUCAUUACUCACACAUGUGUCAUCUUCUGUGUUGACAUUCUAAGUACUUUAGCGUCUGGUUUGGGCCGAAGUUGGAUCUCGGUGUCAAUGACAACCAUGUUCCACCGUAUGUUUGGACGACGGAGGUCUCCUGUGGAAGGGGAACCCAAUGCAGACUCGGGCACUGAGGCCACAGAGGGACAGGCAGACAUUGUCAACAGCGAUGAUUUCGUCCUGUUAGGUGACACUGAAAGUCAGCAAAGCACAAUGUAUGAUCCCCCUCCUGGCUAUACUGUCGGUGGGGCUAAUGCCUUUUUACCCUAUGGGCUAGACCCCUCUACGAGACCAGAAGCUGGACAGAGGCCAACAAGUGCUGAGGUUCAGACAGCAAUAGACGGCAUCCCUUUCAAACUGGGAUCCAACGUCCUGUUACAAGGAGACUCAGACAGCUAUGACAUCAGCUCCAUUUCACAGAUGAUCCACAGAAUCAAUACCUUUAACUGGGAUGAAUAUGAAUACAGCUUCCAACUGGAAAAGAGUGUUUUGCAAGAGUUCAGCACGAGAGAACAACCAGAUCCUGAGUAAAAUUUUGCUGCAUUUUUUUUUUCUUUCUUUCUUUCUUUCUUUUUCUUUCUUUCUUUCUUUCUUUUUUUCUUUCUUUCUUUUUUCUUUUUUUUUCUUUCUUUCUUUCUUUCUGUUUUUCUUUCAUCCUGUUUCUGUUCUUCACUUUUUUUUAUUUCCCAUUUGAGCAAUGUUAAUACCAACGUUUUUCUUUUAAUGUUAUUUUUCUGAAUAUCUCAGAAGCCCUGGAAUGAAGUAUGUAUACUUAUAUGUAGAAAUAAUAAUACCCAGUAUAGAUUGAAAUAUAUUUUGAAAUGCCUUGUAAUACCAUCACACAUAUUACUCCCUUUUAUUAAUAUCAUUUGCUGUAAUUAUUUUGUUUAGAUUUCACAAAGUUGUAUUUCAAUACUCAUUAGAAUAUGUAUCUCUUGACUGCUGGAAAAAAAUAAUAAUUGGCAGAAAAAUCCACAGCUAUUGUAUCUACAUUAGUGGAAGGUUUUGCCAUUUACAUAUUUUCAUCCUCUCCCUAACCUUCUCAUAUUUAACUUCUUUGUUCUUUCUUCUUCUUCUUGUUUUUUCUUCUUCCUUCUUUCUUCUUCCUCGUCUUCAUCUUUGUAGUCAUAGUCUUUUUUUUUCUUCUUCUUUUUCUUUUUCUUUUAUUAAUUUGUCUUUUCUUCUCUCGUCCUUCCUUUACCAAAUGGUAUUUCGUCUCUUCAGAAUAAGAUAAGGCCUUUAGCAGACGGUUUGUUUUCAGAUUUAUUUAAAUGUUAUACAUUUAAUGUGAUUUAUGUGAAUAUUCUAUGUAGGCUACAUAUAUUAAUAUUAAUAUGAAUAUUGUAUAUAAAUAUAUAUUUAUGGUAUGUGAGCAUUAUUAUAUAUUGAAAUCAGUAUUUAUAUGAAUAUUAUAUAUUUGUGUUAACAUUUACAGGAAUAUUAUAUAUCAAUAUGAAUAUUUUCAUCAAUAUUAUACCCUCAAUAUACUUAAUGACAACGAUUUUUUUUCUCACUCUCACUCACUCUACAUCUAGACCAACACUUAGUAGUAUACCCUUCUCAGGCUUAUUAUUAAUAAAGACUUACAUUUUAUACCCUUUAUACAAUGGUCUCCACAUGAUUCUCCACAAAGAGAAUUACAACUCCUACACAAUGAGUCUUCUCUGGUAGUCUCUAGUUAUUAGAAAGAGAUGUGUAUAAAGUUUUAUAUAUAUAUAUGUAUUUUGUGUGUGUGUGUGUGUGUGUGUGUGUGUGUGUGUGUGUGUGUGUGUGUGUGUGUGUGUGUGUGUGUGUGUGUGUGUGUGUGUGUGUGUGUGUGUGUUUGUUUAUUUGUUUGUUUGUUAGUUUGUUUCUAUUGUUUGUCAUAGCUUUUGACAUUUUAUGCAGUAACAAAUUUUUUAUCUUUGCCUUUAAACUUGUGUAAAUAGACAGUAAUUUUGAUAGAUAUUCUCAUCUCAUUGUGCGAUGCUUCAUGUAAGGUCAGCUUGCCUAUGAGUUCCCAGUACCCAGGCUUUAUCUAUUUUUGUCUCCAUAUAGUACUUAAUUUCCUGUGAUUUGGAAAUAAUUAAUAGUUAAAAGGGAACCAAAUAGUUGCAAUGGUUGAUAUCAGAGUAAAAUGAAAUUGGGUUUAAGUAAAAAAUCAGUCUUGUGAACUAAAAGUUAACUCAAAGUUAAUUACAGUAUUUGUUUGUAUUCAUUUUAUGGUAAAGAAGGAAAGAGAGAUUGUCAUGGAAUGCAAACAUGAGUAGAUAGAGUGUAAGCCAAUGGAUAGGUUGUUUAGAAUAGUAAAGAUUAAUGAUAACUUUUGUAAUGUUUUCUGUACAUAUACUGAUAAUAUGUCUCACUGAAACUCAUAUGUGUUGACAUGCAUUAUAUAGAUAGAGAACAAUUCAGAUUUCCACCUGCUCAAAUCAUUCUUUAGUCAGGUUAUUUGCCAAGGCUUUAUGUAGGUAAGUUUACAUAUGUAUUACUCAUGUUAAAUUGUAAUUCUGGCACUAAGCUACAUUAGAGGAUCCUUUUUAAUAGGUCUUUCUUUUUCUUACAAGCAUUUUAAAAGGUCUAGGACCCCCUCAUUCCUCUUUUUUAGUACCCAUUGAUUUUAGAAAAUAAUGAAAACUGAAAAUACAACAUAUCCUCGUAGUAUUACGAAGAAACGGCAUGGGAUGCUGGUAUUUGGCAUGAGUGGUCGCGCAUGCUAGGGCGACGAUAUAAGCCCCCGGCAGCGAGGCCCAGGCCGCUGUGAAUACUACCCGUUGGGAAAGGGUUAAUAUCUGUAGAAAGCCAUUAUAGUGGACUUUUCUCACAGAAGGAAACCAUAUAAUCCUACUCACAAUUACCAUUUUUUGGUUAUCUCAAAGAAUAAGUGAUUGUAAGGCCAUACUAAUUUUCUGUCACAAAGAAUGCAGUUGUAACUUUUGCAGCCCACUGGCACUGAGAUGGCAAAUAUACUAUACACUGUGAUUUUGGUUAAUUGCUUCUGUUUACACUUGGGAAUCAAGAACUCAAUUAUUAGGUUACCUUACCUCACCUGAGUAUCCCAUUCUGUAAAUUUUUGUAAUUUUUUUUUUUUUCUACUUUGAAUAUUGUUACUAUUCUUUUAUCAUUAUUGACAUUAUUUAAUGUUAUUAACAAUAUUAAUGGUAUUAGGAGAAAGAAAUGAAUAUUUCCAUAACUCAAGAAAAAGGGUAAAUUGGUGAGAUAAGGUAGGACCAGUAAAUAAUUCAUUGGUGGAUAGACCCAUGUGGAGCUACCUAUGUAUGAGCAAAAUGAGAGAACUAAAAUCACAGUGGAUAUGGCACGGAUAUUUACCUUCCUGACAUAAACUGGUUCAUUGAUAAUGCAAAAUAUGUUUUUUCAUUGCUCUUAUUAGUUCCCAAUGGCCAAACACAAGGCCUUUGAGCACUGAUUUUGAAGCAUAAGCAAAGUAUUUUAUAGCAUAUUUAUGUAUUAGUGCCAAGUGCUACUGAAUAUCUUAAUACUACAAGAUCAUGAUGUAGGAAUUUAUCUGUAUGAUUCAAGUACUUUCAUUUUAUACUGAUGUACAAAAUUAGAUGCAUUUUAUGGUGGGUAAAUUUCCAAUGUGGUUGUAUUGAAUAUAUAUUUGAAAUGUUGAAAAAGUACAUGUAAAAUAACUUUCUCUCUCUCUCUCUCUCUCUCUCUCUCUCUCUCUCUCUCUCUCUCUCUCUCUCUCUCUCUCUCUCUCUCUCUCUCUCUCUCUCUCUCUCUCUCUCUCUCUCUCUCUCUCUUACAGAUUAUAUUGAUUGGUCAAAAAGCAUAUGUAUAAUGGUUUCAAAUAUUUGAAAAGGGCAAAAAAAAAAAAAGAAAAAUUAUUGCAUGGAAUCUGUGAGUGUUCACGAAAAUGUGAAAUGAAUAUAUGGAUAUGUCAUGUGUAAUUCUUUUGUGUCAGUUGUUUCACAGGCAUGCACAUAAUUUGGGCUGUUAUCUUUGAAAGAAGACAAAUAGAGAUUAUAUUGUUAUAUUGAUAAUACAUUUUAGUGUAUCAUUUCACAUGUAUCACCUUUGUAGUCAUCAAAACACAUCUUCAUUUUAGUAUCAUUACCAUUGUUCUUGCCAUUUAAGAAGAAAAAAGUUUCUGUAUUAUACUCAAAAGAGUUAUGUAUCUUAUAAUGUUACAAAACUGGAUUUGUAAAAUAAAGAUUAUAUAUGUUAAAUUA